AUGGCGGGCGCGCUGGCGGAGGUGCUGGGCGAGGUGCUGGUGGCCCCGGACGGGGAGGAGGUGGCGGUAGCGGCGCUGGCCUCCCGCGGGGUCUCGCUGGUCGGGCUCUACUUCGGCUGCAGCCUGAGCGGCCCCUGCGCGCAGGUCGGCGCCAGCCUGGCCGCCUUCUACGGGCGCUUCAGGGGGGAGGCGGCCGGGGCCGGGGCGCAGCGGCUCGAGAUCGUCUUCGUGUCGGCGGAGCAGGAGCAGCAGCAGUGGCAGGAGGCCGUGCGGGCCAUGCCUUGGCUGGCGCUGCCCUUCGCCGACAAGCGCCGCAAGCUAAAACUAUGGAACAAAUACAGAGUCUCCAACAUUCCAUCACUGAUAUUUAUAGAUGCUUCCACGGGGAAGGUUGUGUGCAGAAACGGCUUGUUGGUGAUCCGGGAUGACCCCGAAGGGCUGGAGUUCCCCUGGGGACCAAAACCCUUCAGCGAAGUUGUUGCAGGGCCUCUGCUCAGAAACAACGGCCAGUCGCUGGACAGCACCACCCUGGAGGGCUCUCACGUGGGGGUCUAUUUCUCUGCGCACUGGUGCCCCCCCUGCCGAAGCCUCACGAGGGUCUUGGUGGAGUCCUACCGGAAAAUCAAGGAGGCGGGGCAGAAAUUUGAGAUUGUCUUCGUUAGCGCAGACAGGUCAGAGGACUCUUUCAAGCAGUAUUUCAGCGAGAUGCCCUGGCUAGCCGUGCCAUACGCUGACGAAGCCAGAAGAUCGCGCCUCAACCGGCUCUACGGCAUCCAAGGCAUCCCCACGCUCAUCGUCCUGGACGCCAAGGGAGACGUGAUCACGCGGCAGGGGCGGGUGGAAGUCCUGAAUGACACUGAAUGCCGAGAGUUCCCCUGGCAUCCCAAGCCUGUGCUGGAGCUGACAGACUCCAAUGCCGUCCAGCUGAAUGAGGGCCCGUGCCUCGUUCUCUUUGUAGAUUCGGAGGAUGACGGGGAGUCGGAGGCAGCUAAACAACUGAUUCAGCCGAUAGCAGAAAAAAUCAUUGCCAAGUACAAAGCCAAAGACGAGGAGGCGCCGCUGCUGUUCUUUGUGGCAGGAGAGGAUGACAUGACUGACUCCCUGCGGGAUUACACCAACCUGCCCGAAGCGGCGCCCCUGCUCACCAUCCUGGACAUGUCGGCCAGAGCCAAGUACGUGAUGGACGUCGAGGAAAUCACUCCUGAGAUUGUGGAAGCCUUUGUGAGCGACUUUCUAGCGGACAAGCUAAAACCUGAACCCAUCUGA